AUGUUCUGCUUUCGUGAAGAAUCACACAAGCACCACGUUGGUCGAAAGUCGCGUGGACAUGGCGGCAAAGACCCAGACCGGGUGGCCAGAUUCUCACCUCACUUUCACCGCGGUAGACACGGGCAUUCGACCGGGAAGAACGACGCUCCACCUCAGGAUGCAGAUGAAACACCACCUGGUGGCCGAACAAGUAUUGCGAGUCGCAAGAGUCGGCUUGAUACACGCUCAGUCCAUGAUGAACUCAAGGACGUUGAGGACCGGCUCUUCGAGUGGCUGACAGACCACAACUUGCCCGUUGAUCAGUCACAGAAUGCAGCAACUUUUCUGCUGAACAAGGUGUUUGCUUCUCAUGGCUUCUUGCAGGAAACCAAUCAACGACAAGUGGAGAAGUUACGGCAGAGAGACAUCAGGCUCCAACGCUACGAAACCGCCGUAACCACCAGGGACGAGAAAAUUUUAAGCCUCGAGCAGCAUAUCUAUGCGGAGAGAGCCGCAGCUCAACAUGAGAAGUCGCAACUUUACCAGGAAUACCAGAACCAGCUACAAUGGGAGCGGGCAAACACAGAGAGACUUAUGGCCUCCCACGCAGAAGAGGUGGCAGAUAUGAACCGAAGACAGAGCGAGUGUGAAAAACAGCACAAGGCAUUUGUCGAUAGCCUCGUCUCCGAUCAUCAGAGCCGCAUUCACUUAUUGAUACAAGAACACGAAACUGAUAACAAGCGGCGCGAUGACGAGUACAGCGCCAACAUUGCCCGUGAGGAGGAAAAAGUCAAAGAAGCCGAAAGGGAAAUGUGCUUGUCCGUCGACAAUUUCCGGGGAAUGCAGGAUGCCGAGCUCGAGAAACGAUUCUACAAGCUCACCACUGAGAUCGAGGGUCUUUCACGCCUGACCUCAGCGCCUGAUUUCGCGCAGCAAGCCGAGGCAAUGGGCCUCAACAUCCGUCCAGCAUGCACCAUUCCGCCUCAAGACCACAAAUUCUUGUUCCAGAGUAUCUUGUGGAAAAUCGUCAUAGAUGGCACCUUCCUGACCCCGUUCCGGGUCUUUGGAGCGUAUGGCGACCCCAUCUACCAAACAUGGAAAGCUCUAUUUGGCGUCCGCGACCAAGCACUUCCAGAGUGGCCGGAACCAGAUCCUCUUGCAGAGAAAUGGCGCUACACGACCGUCGACCGGCUUAGGAUCGCUCAGAACGCCCUGACCGGUUCCCAUAGUCAGCGGCAGGAAAUUCAGACAAGCUACCAAGACCGCAUCUCGGCUCUUACCUCAGCACUCUCAGGUCUCUUUGCUUUUCCUUCCACCGCCAACAACAACUCGCCGAGCCUGGCUACCAGACUCGAUGAGCUCCUAGACCAAGCCAGUGAGUUUGCCAUCCUCAUCGCAGUUCAACGAUACCGGGUCCGCUUCUUCUUGCCUUCAUCCCUCGGGCCUCGCAGUCAACUUGACCCCAAGUACGUCAAGGGCGUAUACCCGGCCAGUGAACUGGAGUUCGCAUACGCGAAUGCGGAAUUCGUAGUAUCCCCCGGCCUGGUCAAGGAAGGGAACUCGAGGGGCGGGAAGCUGGAAGAGAAGGUCCCAUUGAUCAAGGCUGUAGUGUACUUCAAUCCCGGGACCUAG